GAAAUUGUCUUGCGUGACACCAGAUGACGCCAGUAUCCUUUUAAAAUUUCAUGUGCCCCCAGGAUCACACGUUUUUGAUGUAUGUCAUGAAAGGUUAGCUGUUGUAAAUACAUAAAACUACAAUCAUGUCCACUGCAAUAAAGAAAGAAUACUUAAAGGCAAAGAAGAUUGCUCAUCCAAAUAGUAGGAAAUCUAUUGCCAUUACAAAAAGAACCAAAAAAAUCAUAAACAGACAAAAAACAAAAUUAGGAGGUUUGAUAAAACAAAAUCUACUAGGGGAGAAAAUGCUAUGGAUUCAGGAACAUAUGGUACCUGAUGUUUGUCCUUAUACUCCAGAAUUAACUGCCACAUUACUAGAAACGUACAUAGCGAGGAAUGAUGAAGAAUUAGAACAAAUUAAUAUAAAGCAUUCUAUAGGUGGAAGAAAAAAUAGACAACAUGCAAGUAGACAGGAUGUGUUAAGAAUGACUAAAGAACGAGAACAAGAGGAAUAUAACACAUGUGGAAUAGAGAUUCCUGAUAUUUUAAAUACAACUCAGUGCGAUAUGUUAAGAAAGUGGAAUGGUGAAUUAAAAUAUUUGACUAAUUUUAAAUUUAGGAGAUUCGGUAAAAAGCAUUUAAAUGAUAUAUUACAAAAGGCAAGGAAACAACAGAACAUAGAUAAAAAUAAUGCACAAGGAAAUGCUUCUGAUGACUAAGAGGUUUCUUCUGCAAAACUUAUUUCUGAAAACAUGGAAAAGAAUACUUCCGUAAAAAAAUUAAUUUUCUUAAUUGACAAAAACUAAACACCAGAAUGUCCCACGGAAAUAGAAUAAAGUUUACGUAUAUAUUUUCAUAA